GUGGAUGACAUGGCUGCUGUCAGGGAAGGCAGCUCUAUGCAGAGCACUGCUGGGCUGUCAGCCGCGGCCACCAAAGGGCUUGUGUGGUAUUCUGAUGGUGUCUGAGGACGCUGGCAGAUGUGGGGAGGACAAAGUGACCACACCGACUGAGGCACAAGAACUAAGGCACAAGCAACAAAAAAAGCCCUUUCUUUUAACCUGGCUGCCUUUGAAGAAGUGAGUCAGACAUCUUCAUGGCCUCUAAAGAUGCACAGAACCAAAGAAGUAGAGGUCUGCCUGGUUUUAUUCCUGAGGCUCCAGACCCAGACCACCACCUUCCAGUCAUGCCUUCCAGCCCAGGGAGCCAAGUGCGGCAGCCAGGUCUCCUUCCACCAGGCAAUCUCCCUCCGGGCCUAGAAUAUUUAAGUCAGUUAGACCUGAUAAUUAUACACCAACAAGUGGAGCUUCUUGGAAUGAUACUUGGCACUGAGACCGCCAACAAAUAUGAGAUUAAAAACAGCUUGGGACAAAGAAUUUACUUUGCCAUGGAGGAAAGCAUUUGCUUUAACCGUACUCUGUGUUCCACACUGAGAUCUUGUGCUCUGAAGAUCACAGAUAACUCAGGUCUAGAGGUGAUCACAAUAAACAGGCCCUUGAGGUGCAACAGCUGCUGGUGCCCCUGCUUCCUACAAGAGUUAGAAAUCCAAGUCCCUCCUGGUACUAUAGUUGGUUAUGUUGCACAGAAGUGGGACCCCUUUCUGCCUAAAUUCACAAUCCAAAAUGCAAACAAAGAAGAUAUUUUGAAAAUUGUUGGUCCUUGUGCAACAUGUGGCUGUUUCGGUGAUGUGGAUUUUGAGGUGAAGACCAUUAAUGAAAAGCUUACAAUUGGAAAGAUUUCAAAGUACUGGUCAGGAUUUGUAAAUGAUGUCUUCACCAAUGCUGACAAUUUUGGAAUUCACGUUCCUGCGGAUCUGGACGUGACAGUCAAAGCAGCAAUGAUUGGGGCUUGUUUUCUCUUUGACUUUAUGUUCUUUGAACAUUCACUGGCUGGAUUAUAAAAAGCAUGAUGACAAAAACAAUAAAGUAUUCAGAACAUCUUUCAAAAUCCCUUGGAUUCUGGAUUUCAUUUCCGAAUGGUUUGAUACGUGCUUUUAUUUUGUAACAAAAUGCUAAUUAUUAUGUGUAUUAAAGCAUAAUUUAAUGAAGCAAUUACCUGGUUGUGAACGUAUGAUGGCUAAAGACAAGAUUACUGGCCUGAGCACAGGGUGCUUGGAGAGAUUACCUUUCUCUCUUCCUCUCCUUUGAAGUUACUGCGUGGGUAAGCAUGAAGGAUGAGAACUAAGGCUUGCGGCAUCACGGAUGAAAAUUCAAUGUUUAGAGAGCACUUUGAAGUUUUUCUUGCUCUAAGGCUGGUUACUAAUCAAAAGGACUGGAUUUCUAAAAUAUUUUUCAUAAGAAUUAUUUUUUAAUUUGUUUACUAAUUUUACUGUAGUGAGACACCUUUACACUGGAAAAGCUAAAAGUUGGGUAAAU